AUGCCGAACGAAAAAGACAUUGCAGCUUCGGUGGUGCCAGAGUAUGCUCAACCAUGGGACAAACAGGUCGAGCGACGGGUGGUACGCAAGAUUGACUUUGCGUUGAUCCCUUUGAUGUGGAUCGGAUAUGGCCUUGUUUACUAUGACAAGGCGAUUCUCGGUGGCGCCUCUGUGUUUGGGAUGACAACGGACCUGGAGCUCAAAGUCGUGACUGACCCGACCUCAACACCUCCGAAGGUCUCCACGACCCGUCUCAGCUGGGCAACCUCCUUGUUCUAUUUCGGCAUGCUAGCUGGCGUGGGUCCGCUCACAUAUCUCUUCCAGCGCUUUCAUCUCGGCCGUACCAUCGGGCUGGCUGUCAUCGUUUGGGGUGCGAUCGCUAUGUCAACUGCCGGUGUGACGAACUACAGAGGUCUCUGGGUCCAACGAUUCUUCUUAGGAUUUGCCGAAAGCAUCAUGCCGACGGCUUUCAUGGUUAUCAUCUCCGGAUAUUACACGCAAGCUGAGCAGACAUGGCGUCAAUGUCUGUGGUAUUCUGCAACUGGUGGCUGGACAAUAAUCGGGGCUUUGAUCAAUUUCGGAUUUGCACAUCUUACCGGCGGAGACCUGAAGAAUUGGCAGUAUCUUUAUCUGAUGGCAGGAGCGCUGACCGUUGUGUAUGGAAUUGUGUUUCUGUCCUUUCCAAAUUCCCCUGCCCAAGCAUGGUGGUUCACCGAGGAAGAAAAGAGGGUGGCUAUUGAGCGGCUGCGCAUGAGUCAACUUGGCGUCCGAUGCCAGAAGGUCAAAUGGUCCCAGUUCAAGGAGGCAUGUCUGGAUGUGAAGGUCUGGCUCAUUGCGAUCAUGAUGGGAAGUGCAUACUCGGUGAACGGCGCGGUCAGUGGGUUUGGACCUCUCAUCGUGUCGACAUUCGGCUGGUCCGCGUACGACUCAUUGCUGUGGCAGAUGCCUCUUGGGGGAGUCUGUUUCAUCGGCAUCUUGCUCUGCGGAUACCUCAGUUUGAAGCUGCCUAACAUCCGGCUGAUCAUGCUGGUCGCUUGUUGCUUGCCGGUCAUUGCGGGCUGCGCCAUGAUUUGGAAGAGUGACUGGUACCAUCACGCUGCGACGCCGAUUGCAGGCUACACAAUCAUCGGCGCAUUCGCUCCGGUAACGUCCUUGAUUGUCAGUAUGGGCAUGGCAAACGUGGCAGGCAACACCAAGAAAAGUUUCCAGGCGGCUGCGAUAUUCGUCUUCUAUACCGUCGGCAAUAUCUCCGGUCCAUUUUGGGUCAAGACGGAGACAGUCAAGCAGCACUACCCAGAGUUGUGGGAGGGGAUUAUCGGCUGCUACGCGCUUGUCAUCGUAUUGGCAGUUGUGCUUUACGUGAUGCUGAGAUCAGAGAAUCGAAGGAGGGAGACGCUGCAGCUCGAGGAAAAGGAAGCGGAGCGUGUUGCCUUUGAUGACUUGACGGACAAGGAGAAUUUGUACUUCAGAUACGUGUACUAG